AUGGCUGAUAAUACUUUGACGGUGUUGUUUUGCGCGACGCCUUCCGGUAUCAGCUAUCAGGUUUGCUACCGUGAUGAUCAGGAUGGCGUGCUUCACACGGGUGUCUGGGUGCGGCGAUACCUGGGCCUCCUAGUCCAUCUCACACGUCAACUGGGCGAAGUCAGCAAAGAUUGCCGAGUCGUGGAUGUGAUACGAGCUCCAUCCCCACAGGACCUGCUGGAAAUUUGGACCAUGAACCAAAGCGUUGCAAAGCCGCCGCAAACCACUCUCCACGAGCUCUUCAGCACGCAAGCACACCUGAGGCCAACGGCCACUGCGAUUGACGCCUGGGAUGGCGUCCUCUCGUACGAGAGACUUGACCAACUUUCAACGCGUUUGGCGGACCUCAUCCUAGCGUCCGGCGCGCAGCACGGAUCCUCCAUCGCACUCUAUCUGCGCCGCUCCAUGUGGCUGAUUGUUGGCAUGCUGGCGGUAAUGAAAGCUGGCUGUGCCUUCGUCCCAUUCGAUCCCGACUGGCCAAUUGCGCGACGCAACCGCGUCAUGCAGCUUACACAAAGCCGCAUUGUGCUGACAUGCAAAGACUUCGUUUACACCCCGGCGGAGACUGAAGAAGCUCCGCCCGGCAUCACCAUCUUGCGAUUGCCAGACUGCCUGGAGCUGGUACAGUUCGAGGUGCGAUCUGUGACCCUGCCAUCAGUGGAUUCUAGCGCAGCCGCAUAUGUUCUCUUCACCUCCGGUAGCACGGGCGAACCGAAGGGAGUUGUGAUCGAGCACCGCAGCAUCAUAAUAUCGCUACAAGCCAAUGGAGCGCAGCUAGGUGCUGGCGAACAUACUCGGAUUUUACAGUUCGCCACCCCGACUUUCGAUAUCUCUGUUGCGGAGAUUUGGGGCACUUUGAUCCUAGGAGGCGCUGUGCUAGUGCCGUCCGAGGCGGAUCGAAAGACGAAUCUACCCGAAUACAUUGUGGCCAAGCAGGUCAAUCAUGCGGCCUUGACGCCGACGGUCGCGCGAUUGUUCACGCCCGACGAUGUGUCUUGCUUGAGAACACUUGUGCUUGGAGGGGAGGCUGUUCUGCCAGCAGAUGUGAAGCGGUGGAGAUCGGUUCCGAAUCUCUUCAAUGGCUUUGGGCCGACGGAAUGCUCGGUAUGCUGCGCUCUGCACCGCAUCGGGGAGAACGAGACCGCGCCUGCAAUAGGACGUCUUCGUGGUGUGCCGCUCUGGGUUGUGGACCCCGAAGAUCAUGAGAGGAUCAUGCCCAUGGGAGCAGUGGGCGAGCUGGUCGUCGAGGGAUGGAGUGUAGGACGUGGGUACUGGGGCGACAAUCUCAGCACACAGGCGGCUUUUCUCGCCGAUCCAGUGUGGUUGACCGCGGGCUGCAAGGACAACUUUCCAGGGCGGCGAGGCAGAAUCUACAAGACCGGUGACUUGGUGAGGUAUGAUCCAUUCGGCAACUUGCUGUAUGUGGGCCGCAAGGCCGAUGAUCUUCAAGUCAAGAUCAGAGGCCAAAGGCUGGGCCUCGGAGAUGUGGAAUCGCAUCUGCGUGACUGUCUGCCCACUGGAGCGGAGGCCAUUGUCGUGGAUGUUGCCGACAUGAGCUCUACCAUAUUGGUCGCGGUGCUUUGCUUUCACUCCAAAUAUUAUGGGAAAGUUCCGGAUGGCCCAGUUCUGACAGUCAUGUCGCCAGCUGAAGCGGCUGCAAUCCAAGCACAAUUGGCAGAACAGGUACCCGCAUACGCUGUGCCCACCAUCUUUCUCCGCAUCGCUGCGAUUCCAUCCACGACAUCCGACAAGGCUGACCGGAGACGGAUUCGUGCGUUGGCGAAAGAUUCUUUGCCCACACUUCGGGAUCAAGUCAUCUCCCGCAGUACGGGCAUACGACUACCAACAACACCAGAGUCGCGAAGCCUGGCAGCAAUAUGGGCUCGGAUUUUGCAAAUCCCCAUGGAUAGAAUCGGACUCGACGACAACUUUUUGAAGUUGGGAGGUGAUUCGGUCAAAGCGGUCGCGCUCGUUCGAGACGCACGGCUGAGGCUGGGGCUGCAGCUGACGAUGGAACAAGUUUUCCAGUCCGCUACCUUGGAGGAUCUCGCAGCAGCAUCGACGAUUGCCUCGAACGCCGAGGAAGGAGCCCCAAUCGAGCCCUUCUCCCUGUUACCAGCACAGGACAUCGACGUCCCAGAGCUGCGCCAUGACCUUGCAAUUUCCUGUGGACUUCAAGAGCACACCUCUGUACGGGACGCCUACCCAUGUACGCCUCUACAAGAGGUCCUUCUGUCGCUAUCUGCUCAAUAUGUCGGAGCCUACACGAUCCAGAGGGUACUCCGGCUGCAGAAUGAGGUGAACUUGACCCGGUUCAUAGAAGCGUGGGAGGAAGUGGUUCGACACACUGCAAUUUUGACGACCAGAAUCACCCAGCAUCCAAAAUACGGUCUGAUGAACGUGGUGUCUGGCGAGCCCAUACACUGGACGCACUUGUCGUCUGCAGAUCUAGAAUCCUUCUUGCAAAGAGAUCGCGAGACGGCAUUGAGCACGGAUCAGCCGCUCAUGCGAUGUGCCGUUGUUCAUGCGGAUCCAGACACGCCUCGAUACUUUGUGUGCACCAUGCAUCAUGCUCUCUACGAUGCCUGGUCCAUGCCUCUACUUUGGGAACGUUUGUUGCAAGCUUUCCGUGGGGAACAGUUGAUCCCAUCCACAUUCGCGCCAUUCGUCAAAUGGUGCAAGUACGGCAGAGAUGAGCCAUCCAGGCGAUCAUACUGGGAAGAGGUCAUGCAUGACUCGGAUUCCACCACACUCUUCCCGCCAGUGCCCACAUCGAUCAGUAAAGUGCGUGAGGAUUCUUGCUCGGAAUACCAAUGGUCCAUGCUCGAACGCAGUGCUUCUGGGAUCACGAGAGCCAACCGCCUUGCCGCCGCCUGGGCCCUUGUCGCAGGCCAUUACUCUGGCUCUCAGGAUGUACUCUUUGGCGUUACCACGUCGGGCCGGAGUGCGCCUGUUGUCGGUAUUUCUCAAAUCAUGGGGCCCACCAUCGCCACCGCUCCUCAGCGAGUGCGAUUUCGUCUCGAUCAACCAGUGUCUGAAUUUCUACAAGCAGUGCAAGAUGCUGCCAUAGGACGCAUCCCCUUCGAACAGACUGGUAUUGAGCAGAUUUCUGGCUACAGCUCGGAAACGAGAAAGAUCCGCGCGAUCCAGACCUUUCUGGUGGUGCAGCCCGAAGAGUACGGUGGCCACGAGAUGGGAGAGGUGGGUGAGUGGGUGACGGGGGCUGGCAAUUUCCGGUACGACGUUUCCGCGCUCACGCUGGAAGUCUUUCUCAAACCUCAGGGAGAGAUCCGCUGCGUCGCCUAUUAUGAUUCUCGUGUAAUCGAGAACCGUAUCGUGAAGCGAUGUGUCUCCCAGCUCGCUCACGUAACCUGGCAAUUGGAUGCUGCUUCGCCGGAUGCCACAGUGGGCAGCAUAGAAAUCUUGACCAUGACCGACAUCAAGGAGAUAUUGGCCCUGCAGGAUGAGCCACUGCGACCCGUGACAGAAGCACUUCCACACCGUGACAUCGCCAUGCAGGAGCACACGCGACCCAUGGCGCCAGCAGUACAAGCACACGACCGUGUUCUCAACUACACCCAGCUGUGGACGGAAUCUGGCCGCCUGGCGCAGCGACUCAUUGUGUUAGGCGUGGGGCCAGGACAUCAAAUACCGCUGUUCCUGCCUCCUUCCAGCUCAGUCGUAGUGUCAAUGAUUGCAGUGCUUCGCACAGGCGCAAGCUUUGCGCCCAUUUCUCCGGACUUGCCGGAUGCACGAGUCCAGCAAUUACUUCUCAAACUCGAAUACCCAGUGUACGUUACGUCUCCAUCGAUGAACAGCCGAGAUGUGUCGUUCGGCAAGACAGCACAAAUAAUUUUGCAGCCAGAUUCCGAGGUGGAGAUAACAGAUGUUGCCAUUCCGGAAGCCGUCGAGCCAGAUUCUGCGGCAUGGGUUAUAUUCACAUCUGGUUCCACGGGCACCCCCAAAGGCGUGGUUAUCUCGCACUCUGCUGCGCACACGAGCUUCCGCAAGCUCGGCGAGACAUUUGAGCUGGGACGACAUAGCCGCAUGCUUCAGUUCUCGUCGCUUGCUUUCGACGCCUGCGUUCUGGAGAUCAUUGGUACGCUGAUGCACGGAGGCUGCAUCUGCAUACCAGCCCCCGAUUCACAGCAGUCAACGACCGACCUUCCUCUCGCUCUUCAGAAAAUGCACGUCAAUACCGCCAUCUUGACGCCGUCGAUUGCCCGUCAGGUUGAGCCCAAGGAAGUGUCUUGUCUCGACACCCUCAUCCUCACGGGCGAAGCGCUGGUGCAGAAUGAUCUGGACCGCUGGCAAGACGUUCCGCGCUUGUUCAACGCAUAUGGACCGGCUGAAUGUUCCAACAUGUGUGCAGUACGUCGCAUCCGACCGGGCGACAGUGAUCCAGAGUGCAUUGGCUCCUUGUCUGGUGUAGAGAAUUGGGUUGUCAACCCCGAAAUGCCCGGCCAACUAUCGCCCGUAGGAGGAGUGGGCGAACUUGUCGUUGGAGGCGCAACAGUAGGAAGUGGAUAUCUGCGAGACCCCGAGAAGACGGCAGCCGCUUUUAUCCAGGAUCUACCCUGGCUUGCACGAGGGCCACAGCGAGGAACAAUUGGAAAGCCGAUGCGUAUGUAUCGCACUGGUGACCUCGUUCGCGUAAAGCCUGAUGGGACGUUGUCGUAUUGCGGGCGCAAAGACAGUCAAGUCAAGAUCCGAGGGCAGCGCGUAGAGUUGGGUGACAUUGAACAUCACGCGAUGCGCUUGGAUGGAACGCCUGAAGCGGUCGCAGAAGUGGUCGAGGUGGGCGAACAAGCCCAGCAGCUGCUGGUCGUCUUUCUGCGGGAGAACGGCGACGUCGAUAUUCCCGUCCUGUGCGCUUCGCAUGCCCUCAUCCCGCAGCUUGAGAACACACUACCCCGACACAUGGUACCCUCGUAUGUCAUCUGUAUACCGGUCAUGCCGUGCUCGUUGUCGGGCAAGACGAACCGAAGUCAGCUGCGGAAAACGGCGCGGGAAUUGAUCGAGACGCAGUGGCGAGAUACGAUGCAAGCCUCCGUCGCCGAACAGCGCUCUGCAACCACAUGGGAAGAACGAGUGCUGGCGCAGGCCUGGAAAGAGGCGUUGGGCGCGCGUGUCGCGAGCCGCCAAAUUGGGCUCGACGACGACUUCGUGCAGCUUGGCGGCAGUUCCAUUGACGCUUUGAAGGUGGUCAGCGCUUGUCGGAGGCUAGGAUUCAGUCUGACGGUGGCUACAGUGCUCCGGUUUCGGUGCCUGGAAGCGCAAGCACGUCAAGGAACACGAGUGGUAAAAGGACAUAGCGACGUCAACGGAAUGCACCAGGAAUCAUAUGCACCGUUCAGCCUUCUGACAACAAAGACCACUAUCGAUACUCAGCAGCUGCGUGCCGACGUGGCUUCGGAAUGCGGCAUCCCGGUCGAGACGGUGCAAGAUGCAUAUCCGUGUGUCCCAUUGCAAAUCGGACUGUUGUCAUUGAGCAUGCAAGGCGUGGCCGACCGGGCAUACUUGUUACAGCACACUUUUGACGUUCCCCGCGAAUUCGACAUGGCACGUAUCAAGCGGGCCUGGGCGGAGGUAGUGCGUACCACGGAUGUACUGCGAACGCGGAUCGUUCAUCAUCAAACGGCUGGAUUUCUGCAAGUUGUGGUGCACGAAGAGAUGUGCUGGCAAGAACAUAAUGACGAACGCAGUCCUACACGGAUGGGUCUGGGCGAACGACUGAGUACAUUCGACAUGAUUCGCAGCACCAGCAGUCACCCAGAUCGAGCAGUGAAGGAAGACUGCCGGAAGCUGGUAUGGACGGUGCAUCACGCCGUCGCCGAUGGCUGGACGCUCGAGCUUAUUCUAGACAAGGUGCGACGCCUUUACGACGGCGUAUCUUCAGCUCCUGCUCCUUCUGAUACGUUUCGCCCUUUUGUUCGCUGGUUCCACAAGCACUGGAGCGACGAUCAGGCGGUGCAGUACUGGCGCGAAAAUCUCGCGGGCAUCCAGACUUCGACAUUUCCUCCCCUGCAAGCUGCGGCUGUUGAUGGGAUAGUCGCGGAUACCAGCAUAGAGCACUGCUGCUCCAUUCCCGUCGCUGAAGAUGCUACCUUUGCUAGUAUCGCUCGCGCCGCUUGGGCUCUGGUGCAGAGUCGCCAUGCCAUGUCUCGCGAUGUUGUCUUCGCUGAGGUACGCUCCGGUCGUACUGUCGACUUGCCGCAAGCAGAGACCAUCAUUGGACCCAUGCUAACCACGCUUCCUUUCCGCGCGCGUGUAGAGGCUGGCACGACUGUAGGGGGUUUCUUGGAGGACAUCCAGAAGACCGCGCUCAGCAGCAUUGCCCACGAGCAUUUGGGCCUCCGACGAAUUGCUGGCAUCGACAAUGAUUGCGCUGCUGCGUGUGCGGCGGUGAAGACACUCAUCGCUAUCCAGCCAUCGCCGCGGCCUAAGAGCGACUCUCCAGUAGAACAAUUGUUUCGUGAAGCGCCUCGGUAUCGCCUGGUUGACUACGCCUUAUGUAUUGAGAUCACGCCCGGCGAGCAGGCGGACGAUGGUCAAAUGGGGGUUCGACUACACGCCGGGUUCGACCCACGUAUCGUAGGUGAGGCAUAUGUCUGCCGUCUGCUACGCCACUUGGCCUCGGCUCUAGUCCAACUUGCUUCUUUGCCGCGCAAUGCUGCUCUUGCAAGGGCUUCUACCCUCCCGUCCGAGGAAAUUGAGCAGAUCUGGGCGUGGUCGACGAGUAGUUCCUCAACGCCGGGAGCUUCAGAGCUUCUUUUACACGAGAGAAUCCUGCAAAAUGCGCAGUCCCGGCCGCACGCACUAGCCGUGCAGGCCUGGGAUGGAGAUCUAACCUACUCGCAACUUGCCGGCCUUUCGCUUGCGCUGGCUCGCCGUUUGCGUCGUUACCAUGGAGUUGGUAGAACGUGCCAAUUCGUGCCAUGGUACGUCGAGAAAUCGCGAUGGUCAGUCGUGGCGUUUCUGGCAGUCCUUUGUACCGGUGCAGCGAUCGUGCCGCUGGAACCCGCACACCCUUUCGCCCGCACGGAGCAGUGCCUCUCGUCACUUCCAGAUGCUUCUGCUGCUGGACGCAUCGCCAUCGUAUCGGCGAGUCUGGCAUACCGCUGGGCGUCGAGGCUCGACACGCAACUCAUCGAGCUGUGCGACGACUUGUUCCACCAUUUGGAGGGUGAAGAUGCCGGCGGCGAUGACGAUGAUACUGCUGCUGCGAUGCUAUCGAAUGUAGCGCCUGCCGCCCCAUGUUGGGUGCUCUUCACCUCGGGCACUAGCGGUCGUCCGAAAGGCGUAGUACUGGAACAUCGCGCCCCUGCUGCCUCUUUCCCGCAGAUCGCGCACAUGCUUGGGCUGGGGCAGCACACACGCAUGCUCCAGUUCACUUCACACGCCUUCGAUGCAUUUACAUGGGAGAUCAGCACGUCGCUACUCGUCGGCGGUACCCUGCUCGUCCCGUCCGAGGAGCAGCGGAUGCACUCGCUCCCAGCCUUCUGCGCCCAGUUCCACCCUAACGCCGCCUGCCUCACUCCCGGCCUCAUUCGUGCCUACUCACCGCAGGCACUAUCAACCUUGCAAGUCUUGCUAGUCGGCGGCGCAGCGCCUUCGAAGCAAGACUUCCGGGCAUGGAGCCAUGUGCCCAGUCUCUGGAACGCGUAUGGCCCAACGGAGGCAUCAGUGAUCAGUGCCCUGGCCUGUGCUUCAAAGGCACAUCCCGAAUUGAUAUCCGGUUGCCUUGGCCGCAUUCCAGGGACAUCUCUGUGGGUGUGCGAUCCCGAAGAUUCCUGUGUCCUGGCGCCGAUUGGGACGGUCGGCGAAUUGGUUAUCGAAUCACCGACCUUGGCAAGGGGCUACUUGGACGCGGACCAGACAGCGGCAAGCUUUAAAGAAGACCCGGAGUGGCUGGUGGAAGGGGUCCGCGGUCUUCGUCCGGGUAAGCAUGCAAAAGUCUACCGCACAGGCGAUCUGGUACGUUUGGACGAGCAAGGCCAGUUGCACUACCUUGGUCGCCGCGACAAGCAGGUCAAGAUCCGAGGGCAGCGAGUCGAGCUGGCCGACGUCGAACACAACAUAGUCGAGUGUCUGGAUGACGUAGCUUCGACCGUUGUUGUAAUGCAACGAGAUGGCCUGCAGAAGAUGGUCGCCUUCGUGCGCAUGGGCCACCCACUAUCCAGUGGGGAAGUCUCUCCUCACCUCACAGCGCAUGCUCUUUCGCCGGCUGCGGAAAUUCGUCUCAAAGACCGACUUCCAGCGUACAUGCUGCCGAAAACGUGGAUCUCUAUUGGUGAAAUUCCUCUGACGACGUCGGGCAAAACGGACGAGGACACGCUCCAGAGAUGGAUCAAGGCGUUUCAUGAUCACGAGCUUGAUCGCCGACGCACGGCAAUCAAGCGCAUGCCCACAACAUCUCUCGAGAAGGCGCUUCAUCGGUCGUGGGCCCAGGCGUUGAACUUGGAAGGAGAUGCCAUUGAUAUGGAAAGCAACUUCUUUGCCAUCGGCGGCGAUUCCAUCUCUGCGCUCGAGCUGGUCGCCGGUCUUCGUCGGACUGGAAUUGAGCUGGCUGUGACCGAUAUCUAUCGCAAACCGGCGCUUGGAGAUCUCUCCAAGUGGCUCGAAUGUAGUGCAGCCCCGAGCCCCCCGAUCAGGUCGGAGGCCGACAAGAUCCUGCCAUUCUCCUUGCUUCCCAGCGAAGUCGAGGUGGAGCAGCUACGCGGCGAAGUCGCAGGUCUGUGCGGUACAUCACCUGAAUCCGUCGAAGAUGUUUUUCCAUGCACUGCAUUGCAGACGGGCAUGCUGGCAGUGUCUGCUCAAUCUACGGGCGCAUACGUGCUCCGCUACGUCCUUGAGUUUGGUCCAGGUCAUGACUUGACUCGGUUUCGGACGGCAUGGCAGGAUCUGCUUGGCAUGAUGCCAAUCUUACGCACUCGCAUACUGAACCACUGGAGUGCUGGAUUUCUGCAAGUCGUCCUCCGGUCCGAACAUGCCGAAGAAACAGGCCCUGCUGAGAGGCAAGAGCUGGCGUCGUGCACCGGCUCUUUGGUGGAGGCUCGUGAAGAUUCACCAGCACGUUUCAUCCUGCAGAUCCAUCAUGCCCUGUACGAUGCCGUCACUCUGCAGCUUCUGGUGGACACCCUGAGCAGCCUCUACCAGGGAGCUCACACUCACGGCCUUGCCGACUAUCGUUUGUUCAUCAAACAUCUUGCCAGCAAUGGCUCUACUGCCUCGGAGCAAUUUUGGCGCAGCACCUUGGACGAUUUCCACGCACCCGUCUUCCCGUCUUUGCCAUCAUCGGUUUCAGAGGUCAUCGAGAAUCGCACGACGGUGAUCCAAUGUACCUUUCCGGUAGUACCAGCCCAUGUGACCAGGGCGAGCAUACUCCGCGCAGCUUGGGCCCUCGCAGUAAGCUGGUACACCGGCCACGAAGACGUCGUCUUCGGAGAUGUACGCUCAGGUCGUGAUGCCGACCUCGUCGGUAUUGAGCGCAUGCCGGGUCCUACGAUUGCGACCGUGCCAUUGUCUAUUCGUGCCACUGGAUCUUUGUCUGUUCCAGAGUAUUUGCAGCAGGUCCAGCAUCGGAUUUCCUCGAUCUCACCCCACGAACAGCUGGGAUUGCACAAGAUCCAAGGUCUAUCCAGCGCUUGUGCAAACGCCUGUCGGUUUCAAACCCUUUUCAACAUCCACAUUGGCCAGGCGUGGACGCCUGCCGACAAUGCAAAUGGCACAAAUGAACUUCAUGCAUGGACAGCCGACUCAGACUUUAAGCUGAGAUCGUUUGCGCUGGUCGUGGAGGCUACCAUUGAGCGACAAAAGCCUGACUACACCGUAACAGCAUCCUUCGACAGCAGAGUCAUCAGCGAUUGCACCCUCGAGAGAGUCUUGCAUCAGUUCAGCUCGCUCGUCACCCGACUUGCCACUUCUGCUAGCGAUGAUACCCAGAGACUUUCUCAACUAGGCACUAUCAGUGAUGCGGAUCGACAGCUGAUCAACAUUGCUGAUUAUGGGCACCUGGGACGGGGAAAAUGGCUGGUUCUCCCACACGACCAAACAAGGCUGGCACCAGCUGGCGCUGUGGGUGAGCUGGUGCUUGAGCACAAGGAUGACCUCCACCAAGACCGUCCCUCGUUCGAGGUAGCUGUGGCGUCCGAUGUCCAGUGGCUGGACAAGCGCCCUACAACAACGUUAUGGAGUAAUGGGGAAUAUGUCCGCUAUGAGCACGGCCACGGCCUGAUCCACGUUGGAUGGAAGGACCGAGCAGACUCCGAAGAUGUUAACGUGUCCAGCGAUGCGCCAGGUAAAGACGAAAGCAACGAGACUUCAAAGCUGCAGACCGAGACUGAGAUAGUCGUCGCAAGCCUGUGGGCAGAGGUGCUAGGACAAGACUUCCACCAGAUAACGCGCGCGGAUUCGUUUUCGCUCCUGGGGGGAAAUUCGGUGUCGUGUGUAUCUCUGAUCUCCAAAUGCCGUGCUCGUGGUUUUCUGGUCUCCGUUCCUGAUUUGUUGCGCCAUCCUCGAUUGCAGGACUUUGCCGCCAUCGCAGCGAUAUCAAGAAGCUCGGUGCGUGACGAGACAGAUGCACCGUUCUCGCUCCUCUUCCACGGCGAAACCCAAAGCAAGCAGUUGGAGGCGUUCCUCACAGCAAAAGUGAUGCCCGGGGUUGGGUGCGACCGUCAAGAAAUAGAAGAUGUCUUGCCGUGCACGUACAUGCAGGUGGAAUUUCUUCAAAUGGACGGCGGCUUGCAGCAUCAUUUGCGGCUGGAUUUCGGGCUGCGGGACAUUCACGCUGCUGCGCUGGAACAGGCUGUCUUUGGUCUUGUAACCCGCCACUCAAUCUUGCGCACCGUCUUCUGCCUCGAUGAUGACCACGGCUACAUUCAGGUUGUCCUCCGGUCCGUCCGGUCGCAGAUCUACACAAAUAUUCACUUUGGCGAAUGUGAAGCCCUUGAUAGCGCUGCCGCAAGGCUAAUCGAAAUGGCGAGGACGUCGCUGCACACGUCGUCGGAACAGAAGCUGCGCUUCGUCUUGCUCUCGAGGGAUAGCGAGGCCGCAAAGGAACACAGCUUGCUGAUACUGAACCUCAGCCACGCCCAAUUUGAUGGCUUCAGCCUGCCGGUGAUCGUGAGAGAUCUCGCUGCUCUAUAUCAAGUCGCCGAAGAUGAACUGGCGGCCAGGUCCCAGGUGAAUACCACAGCACUGAGAAUGCCGGCUUCUCAGUUCUCUGAAGUCAUAUAUGGCAGAUCCCACACUUCAACUUCAAAAGUUCGCAUGCACUGGGCACGAUUGCUGGCCGGAGCUUCCGCUGUUCCUCCCUUCACCGAGAACUAUCUCCAAGCUUCCUACCAGAAUUUCGAGUGCGAGCUUCUCGACGGCACACAGCCUCGAUCCUGCUCCAAAGUUGAGAAAACUGUCUCGCUUGCUACGUGGAACCGCAUUAGCGAGCCUGCACAGAAGUCAUAUGCAGAUGUCGGCACAGGCAUUGUCGUCUCCGCAGAAGACGUUCUUACUGCGGCAUGGGCAGUCGCCACCGCGUUCGUCGGGCGCUCUGACGACGUCCUCUUCGGUCUUGUUGUCAAUGGACGGCGAGCUCUUCCAGGAAAUGUCGCAAACGGAGAAUCCAUUGUCGGACCUUUGAUGAAUAUUAUCCCGGUUCGGGUCAAGGUCCCUUUGUACAACGACCCAGUCGAACCUGCCAACAGAUUGCAGACUGGCAGACAUGCCUUGUUACGGGACUUAGUGUCUGCACUCGCAACCCAAAAUGCACAAUCUGCUGCGCAUGAGCAGACGGACCUGGACGAGAUUGCGACCGAAUUCGCACCUUCGGGAGUCUGGCCGGAACUGCCAAAACCAUCCGCCGGCGCUAGGAGACGAUUCCGAUGGGGUUCGAUCGUUGCAUGGCAGGACUACCGACGCUUGCAAGCAGUCGAUGAGCCGUCUCGCGCAACAGACGCUGGAGAAGAUUCCGCCGACAUCGCUCGAGGUUACUUGAGCCCCUUUGCUUCGUUGUCGCAGAUCAGCUUCGCCGGUAGACCUUGCUCGGUGACAAGUCACGUUCCCUCUCCCGAUCUCGCGAAUGUAACCCUCGUCGGCCGAGUCGAGGAUAAUGACCAGGGCGAUGUGCGACUCUCCUUGGAACAUCUCCCUGGGGCAAUCACCUCGGAAACUGCCCGGCUUCUUGUGGACGCCGUGGUGGCGACGAUUGAAAUCAUGGCCACUGAGCCGGACGUUCUGCUUCACGAGCUUGUCGCAAGACUCGGGUAGUCGAGAUGGAAAGCAGGCGCUAGGAGCGUGGUGACUGCGCGUACAAGGGAGGAGUAUUCAGGUCGCAUUUCGACCGGGAUUCGUGUCAUCUGGGAGCGGC